CAGCCGCCACCUACCUCCCGCCCCCGAUUCAGAUCCCGCCGCCCACGCCCGCGCGCCACCACACUCCGCUGCCCGCGCGCCGGAGUCCACGCCUCUCUUCCUCCGCCCGCCGAGCCACCCCAUCCCUGAUGCCUCACUCGCCGCGCUCGUCCCGCCCUAACUCCCCUCCCACUCCAGCCGCCGCUGCCCCCUUCUCCCUCCCACCCACGCCCCGCGCCCACGCCCCAACCCCACCCCCUUCUCCUUCCCUCAGAUCUCGAUCUGCCGCCGCCCCCAACCCCAUCCCCACCGCCACCAUCGACGACCCUCACCGUACACGAGGUCGAGGCCGACCCAAGAUCGAGCCCAUGCCCAGAGCCGCCCCCAAGAUUCGCAGGCAACCCCACGCCAAUCAGGACCUCGAUCUGGAUCGAGCAGGCGCUCUCCACCGACGGGGCUUGGGCUGGCCGGCGUCCCACGUUGAUGUCCUCCUCCCUCCCGCUCCCGGCAACGCGCUCGGUCUCCGCAGCCAGCCUCACCGCCAUAGUCACAUGUACUUUUCCUCACCGUUCUCCCUUUCUUGGUCCUCUCCUCUCUGCUCUCUCUCCCCCGUUUGGCUUGGACUCACUGGAUUCGCUACUGCUGGGAGGUGCAUUGAGCGGGAUCUGCGUGGAGAUGGCGCGGGUGCUGGCGGCACGCGGGGCACGGCACCCACGUCGCCGUAGCCUCUUGGAACCUCACCCCCGCCGAGACCAUGCGCCAGGCCACAACUUCGCAGCCGACUUCGCUGACAGGGGCCUACCGCUCAACAUCCUCCUGUUGCUGACUUUGGUCUGGCCAAGAUCCAGCACGAAGACGACACAGCCAUGUGUCUACGCUGGUGAUGGGGACUUUCGGGAAGAAGAAGGUUGUUCACAAGAAGAUGGCAGGAAGAAGCAGGCUGAUUCGAUUCGAUCCUCAAGGACAAAGAAGUUGGAAGAAGCAUAGUUCUAGCUCAUUGGAGCUAGUUCUGGGAGUAAUGAAGCACUUUAGGCUGAUCCUAUUUGUAUGUGUGUUAUAUGAUGUAGACUCUACACUUGUAGACUCAUGUGGUAGACUCAUGUGGUAGACUGUACACUUGUAGGGCUCAUGUGAUAAUCAUGUGGUAGACUGUACACUUGUAGAGUUGUUAUCCAAUUGUAAACUUGAUGCUGAUCACAUUGUACGUAUGUUAUAUGAUGUAGCAGAUUGCUUCUUGCUGUUACUUGAA